AUGCCCUCAGAAAGGACCCAUAGCCAAACCCUGGGAUCAUAAAGCAGCCUGGACCAAGGCUUGUUUGACUGUCUGAAGCCUGACUCUCCUAUCCCCCAGCAGCUCUUCUCUGGCCUGGUUGGGGUCGGGGUUCCCUCUUCUGGCGUGCCCUCAGCUAACUUCCAGGCAGUUGGCCUGGUUCUGGGGACUCCCCAAGACGUCUUCAUCCAGAUGACCGUCUCCUCCAGGGAGGAAAGGGGUCCACACCACACUGAGGGUGGGCAAUACCUCCCCCGCCCGCCCUCGCAACUUCAUCACCACCAGCCACUCCAGCACAGUACCUCCCUCCUGCACUCGGCUGCAGGGGCCAUAGAGAGGCAUGGGAACAGGAAGGUGGUCUCGGAGGAGCCCUCUACACUAGCACCAGCCAUAUCGGAUCUGAAGUCUGUCGUCACCUGGCUGCAGAGGGAAUUCCCAUUCCUCCUGAUCCUCCUAAAUAAAGUUUGUUUUCAGCACAAGCUGGCACCUGGUGUCGCUACGGGUAGUCUUCACAUUUUAUACAACUUCGAUCUGAGACCAUAACUCUUAUAGUUUUGAGGUUUUUACAUUUAUAAACAUUUGAGCAUAUUUCUUGAGUGUUAUCUAGUCUACAUAAAUAGCUAGCUUGAGAAUUGGUUCUGGCUCAGCUCGUGAGAACAUACAUACAUUAUUGAUUAAUAAUGCAUUUGAUUAUUUACUAUUUGUCUGUCUGCGUAUCAGGAGGAGAGGUCUGUGGUUGUAGCACUGUGGAUGAUCAUGCUCCUAUCUAGAAAAAUCUUGUAUCUCUACUACACAUUCAAUGCUGCACAGUUGUACAACAGGCAUAUGUCACCAUGUGACUACGUUUCAUCCCAAUGUUUGCAAAGCCCAACAUCAACAGCUUUGACUUCUUUGAUCUGGGCGAUGGGGAUCACUGACUUUGUUCUCAAAAGUACUUCACCAUCGGCCCUGUUUCUGCCCAAGAUCCUCCGGGCCUUUAAAUCCAUGGUUUUGCCCGUUGGGGUCACAGAGUGUAUUUUGACUCGGCUGAUAAACAGGCCAAUCAGAGAGUGAGGCUGCUGCCACUGAGCUCAUUUCUCCCUGGGGGGGGUGCAGAGGUGAGGUCAUCCUUCCCUGGGGCUGGACCAUUACUGCUGUGUGUGCUCCCACUCCUCCUCGGCUGCUGGGGUACCCGCGCCACGCUAUCACUAAACCAACCGACCAACCAACCCCCACCUUUCCCACCACCCUCUGCCCCAACCAAACCUUGUCCUGAAACAGGCCCAAGUGGCCCACUUUCAGCCGAUGAAGUCAUGGCCACACAUCAGCCAAUCAUUCUGCUUCGUGCUUUUGCUUUUGCUUCCAUCCACGGAAGGACUGAUUUAAUGAUCUCACAAGCACAAACAUGCAAGUCGGUACAAGUGGAGGCCUACAGAAAAAGACCAGACUCUUGUACAUUGAUUUACUGUAUACCGUGGUGGGUUGUAAAUGUAUUUGAUUUACUUUGCUCUACUGUUAUUUUAACAUUGCUUGUUGGCUACAUUUUUGACACUGUCAGUGCACUCCCACUUCAGGGAAAUGUAUUUUCUAAUAACCAUGCAGCAAGAUUGAAUGAAAACAUGCUUUUAGCAGCUGAUAGGAAUUAUUUAUAACGGUGGCGUACCCAACUGCUGGGUAGGCUAUGAUUGGUAGGUUGAGAGGUCAGCAUCACUAAUGAAACAAAACAAGCAGAAAGUUCCAGAAUGCUUUAGAACUGCUUCUGUGGCUCAACGUUUCUGGCUGGAGUCCAGUUUUAGUUUGACAUAUCAAGUGGUUGUGUGUGUGUGUGUGUGUGUGUGUGUGUGUGUGUGUGUGUGUGUGUGUGUGUGUGUGUGUGUGUGUGUGUGUGUGUGUGUGUGUGUGUGUGUGUGUGUGUGUGUGUGUGUAGCCAGGACUAGGGGCAGGAAGGGACAAUGAGGAAAGAAGCUGCAGCCUGUGGAGCCUAGGCCAGCGGCAAUGCUUAGUCUGGAGCGUGCUGCUUUAAAACUCUUAUAGUGUGCUGCUCUUAACCCAUAAAAGUCUAAGCCCUGUCAAAGCUGGGGGAUGAUCAUUUAGCUAUUUGAUUUUGAAUUUUAAGACCCCUUGAAGUAUAAAAAAAAAAUGAAUUGAAUUGAAUAACAAAUUCACCACAUGGAACAACAUAUUUUAUAUGUAUUUAAUCCCUUAGUUCAUGAGAACAGAACUGAGUCAGAACUGUUCACAGAGGUGUGUCCUCAGAAUAUUGCAAAAUGGGACAGGACACUGCCCAUCAGUGAGUGGUUAAAGAAUAGAAAAUGAGAGAGAGUGGGGCCGGGUUUGAGUCAUUAAGUCGAGCAGAAAGGGAAUCAUAAAAAAGUAAUCACUAGGGCACUGUAUUCAGGGAAGAAUUUGUAAUGUUUCAGAGUGAGAGUUUCUCAUGUUUUAAGUAUAUUAUACAGUGGUCACCAACCUGGUCCAGAGGCAGGCUUUUGUUCCAGGGCUGCACUAAUGCACCCGAUUCUAGUGCCUUGACUGUGUAAUAUGUUUAUCUUUCAGUCGUUUGACCUCUGUGGACGAGUAUCAGCCAUACGCAGGGCUAUGGGAAUUCUCUGCAGUUCUCAGGUGAGAAAUUAUUACUUUCUGUAAAGAAAAGUAUCAGGGCCAAAUACCAGCCCACAUCACUGCCCUAUAACACUACUAGGUACAGUUGUAAACCUUCAACUGUCAGUGGGUUUUGCCUGAUCUUGCACUCUGAUUGAAUCAUCUUACUACAUGUACCGUAUUAAAUUGCAACAUCAGAAUAAAGAUACUGUAUACAGUUGACCCUGUAUGGCAGGGUUCCCCAACUGGUGGCCUGCGGGUGUUUUAUUUGGCCCCCCGGGUUUUCAGAGCAAAACAAAUUGAGAAUUAUUAUUAUUACAUUUUGGGGGGCAUAAAAAACUGUAAAAACACCAGGAAAUCAGCUCCAAGUUAUUUUAAUUUUGGAACUCUGUUCCCAAGUAUUUCCAUAAUAGGGAGACACGUGAUCAUAAACAAAUGUAAGCAAGGGUUGAAAUGAUUGUUUUAGUCAAAUAUUAUAUCUGUUUGGGCUUCUUGUGGUCAAUUUGCAGUCAUCAAAUUAUUUGUAUUUACUGUAUGUUCCGGGGGCCCCGACCGCCAGCUCAAGAAAAGUUUGGGCCGCGGCUUAAUCUAGUUGAUAAUCCCUGCUGUAUGGUAUGGGAAUGUAAACACAAGCUUUGUCUCCUUGUGACCACCUACCUGAUGCUCUAUCACCCAUAGGGUUUAGGGUGUGAGGGCCAGCAGCCAGCAGUGCAGUGAGGCUGGAGAUGUGUACUAUUUGUCAGGGUGACUUCAGAAACCCCAUAGCUCUUCUCUGGCAUGUGAGAGUACAUACAUCAAACCAUAAACUCUGCUACUACAUACUUUACUAUAACACCAUUCUCCGGUGUUAACCAUGAUAACCACAAGCCGACUAACAGUAUGGGCUGUAUCACAACCGGCCAUGAUCGGGUGUCCCAUAGGGUGGCGCACAAUUGGCCCAGCGUUGUCCGAGUUAGGGGAGGGUUUGGCCGGGGUAGGCCGUCAUUGUAAAUAAGAAUUUGUUCUUAACGGACUUGCCUAGUUAAAUAAAAGUUCAAUUUAAAAAAUGGUUUUAUAUGACCCUUAGUGUGGUGUAGCUUGAUGCUAAAGUCACUGUCCAUGACUCUUUUGUUUCUUUCUGUGGCCUUACUGAUCAAUACUGUAUUGAAUAACUGACCAAUACUCAAUGCAUACUCCUUUUGGUAAACCAAAGUGAAUGUGAGUGUAAAGCCCAUGUGUUUGUCUCUCCCACCUAGCAUGUGUUCUGUGAAGAGUGUCUGUAUUUGUGGUUAGACCGUGAGCAAACAUGCCCACUCUGUGGUCAUAGGCACCACCUCUGCCCACUUCCAGAUCUACUAGCUGGGAUUGACAGCCAUUAGCUUCCACUGGAGGACAUUAGAGGAAUAAGUCAUUUAAGUAUGCCCUUACUGUGUUGCCCGUUGGAGUCUAAACUCUACAGUCUAUACAGUUGUCUCAUCCAUCCUUGCAAAGAAAUAGAAUGUGAACUUAUCUCCAUGCAGCACAGCAGUGUGGUAUUGGUCAGUAUUAUUGUACAGGGUAGCUUAUGUCAGCACAUUAAUUGCUCAUUUGCUGAUUGAUGUAUUUCGUAGAUCUUUCACUAAUGUUGCCAUUCUUGCGUAAUUUACGUGUUAUACAUUUCACCUGAGUUCUAGUAAAGAUACAGCUUAUGUUUGAUGACAUCAGACCUACCAAAACAUUUGAGAAACUCAAACACAAGUUGUGUUUUCAGUAUGUAUCAGAUUUUUCAUUUGCCAAACAAUGAUAGCAUGAAAGCAUUUUUACUUUGAAACUUUUAUUAUCCAGAGUGAGCACAGAAUUCACAAUGUAAUACAAAUGUAAAUAGCAUGUAAAGAACACAUUCUUUAUAAAAGACACAGAUUCAGCACUGCAAUUGAAAACUACAGUUUUUUGCGAUAUAUAAAAACAGCUUAUGUACUGUAAACAUGAAUAGCAUGCCCUUAUUUUUGCACACAAGAUUUCUUGCAUGGUUUCAUAAACAUUAUCUGCCUUAACAAUGCUGAGCCCCCAGCCAAUUUCAAAAGUUCAAAAAAUAGAACAGUUGAUUUGACUUAUUUUUUUCAUUAUCAAUAUUUGAUACAACUAACAUCAUUAUUCACCUAACAAAAAUUACUGCAGAAAAAAACCUUUACAAAUUGACUUUCAUAUUUAUUAAGGAUAUAAUCCAGACUUUGCAUGGUCUCUAAUUAUUACAGAACCUUUUGUAAAAAGUAGUGCUAUUUCUCCACAGAGCACCAUUUCCAGAUUGCUCAAACGAGACAGGCGUCUAAAAAGUAGAAACAUGUAUUUUUUUAAUACAAAUAAGCUUUUUCAAUUAGGUAAUUGACAUCGUGUAUUAGUGCAUCGAUAAUUCAAGUGUAAGGUCGUCCACAUAUGACAGUCGCGUGGGCAAUUCUAGUACGUUUUUCCUUUGGUAACGGUCAAGGGAGGAUGACGUCACCGUUUUAUUCUCGGAAAAAUUAUAUUAUACUAACACAAUUUAUGUCUGUUAAAUCCUACUGAAUUCCAAGCAGUGAGUCAAACAAAAUAAACUGGGAAAUAACGCAAUUAAAAAUGUAUUCACACAGUACUACAUUUUAUACCCAUAAAACAAGAACUGAAAAUGUUACUUAAUCUCUGUGACAUAAUGUUAUGUCACAUGAAUUCCGAAGCACAACAUUUUCCUUAGCCAACAAAGUACAAAAAAAUGUACCCUGUUCCGAACUGUCUUGCCGAUUUUGGGGCAUGGUUAUUAUGACCUCGGUGCACACUGAACCUCGGCUGGCUGUGGCUGGCUGUCAUCCUUUUUCUCAGUGCAAAUAUUCUGACAGCUCUCUCUCCUCAGGAUCCUGAAGGCACC